AUGCGCCCUGCAGGGCAUCACCAGUGCAGCGUAGCCACGGUGCCUGCGGCUGGCAUCGCAAAACAUGAUCAGGGCAGCCCAGCCAGCAGCCGUGUGCUGGGGAAGAAUCAGAACCGUGUGCAGUGGGACUAUCCUUCCUACCCCGGCUUCCCUCAGAGCCAGUACUCCCAGUAUUACAGCUCCUCCUACAACCCUCCUUACGUCCCGGCCAGCAGCAUCUGCCCAUCCCCCAUCUCCACGUCCACCUACGUCCUCCAGGAGGCAUCGCACAACGUCCCCAGUCAGAGUUCUGAGUCGCUUGCAGCUGAAUAUAACACACACAAUGGACCUUCCACGCCCACAAAAGAGGGAGAUACAGACAGGCCACACCGGGCCUCCGACGGGAAGCUCCGAGGCCGGUCCAAGCGGAACAGUGACCCCUCCCCAGCAGGCGACAACGAGAUCGAGCGUGUGUUCGUGUGGGACUUGGAUGAGACAAUAAUUAUUUUUCACUCCUUACUCACGGGGACGUUUGCAUCUAGAUACGGGAAGGACACCACCACGUCCGUGCGCAUCGGCCUGAUGAUGGAAGAAAUGAUCUUCAACCUCGCAGACACGCACCUGUUCUUCAACGACCUGGAGGAUUGUGACCAGAUCCACGUCGAUGAUGUCUCAUCCGAUGACAAUGGCCAAGAUUUAAGCACGUACAACUUCUCCGCCGACGGCUUCCACAGUGCAGCCCCGGGAGCCAACCUGUGCCUGGGCACCGGCGUCCACGGCGGCGUGGACUGGAUGAGGAAGCUGGCCUUCCGCUACCGACGGGUCAAGGACAUGUACAACACCUACAAGAACAACGUGGGCGGCUUGAUAGGCGCCCCCAAAAGAGAGACCUGGCUGCAGCUCAGAGCUGAGCUGGAAGCCCUGACCGACCUCUGGCUGACCCACUCCUUAAAGGCACUAAACCUCAUCAAUUCCCGGCCCAACUGUGUCAAUGUGCUGGUCACCACCACUCAACUAAUUCCUGCUCUGGCCAAAGUCCUGCUGUAUGGACUGGGCUCCGUGUUUCCUAUUGAGAACAUCUACAGUGCAACCAAGACAGGGAAGGAGAGCUGCUUCGAGAGGAUAAUGCAGCGAUUCGGCAGGAAAGCCGUCUACAUCGUGAUUGGUGACGGGGUUGAAGAGGAGCAGGGAGCAAAAAAGCACAACAUGCCUUUCUGGCGGAUAUCCUGCCACGCCGACCUGGAGGCGCUGAGGCACGCCCUGGAGCUGGAGUAUCUAUAGCAGACCCCGCCGCAUCGCCACCUGCCUCCGCCCCUCCCCGCCUCCCGCCAGAUGCUGGACACUGACUGGGCAGGGUCCCUGCAGCCAAGAGGACGUGUCUGGUGACCAUCGCAGAAGCUGGCCUUUCCGUCCCGACGAGGAUCCUGAGAAGCAGUGUCCCCAGCAGCGGCUUUGGAAUAUUUAACUUUGGGGAGAAGAGCUGGCUCAGAGUCCAGACUUUUCUACUAGACUCACAGAACAAAAGCAAGGCAUUGCUGAUUUGGGGGAGGGCUGGUGAUGAGGAGGGGACAGGCUCGUCGUUUUGUUUUGUUUUGUUUCUUUUUAAUUUAUGGACUAAUCGCAUUACUCCGGUAUUAUGCUCUCGUACCUGUGUUGUUGGUUUUCUUAGUCGUUGGUUUGGUUUGGUUUUAAAAAAAAAAAAAACUGGCGUGUGGGGUGGUGCACAGUUCUAAUUUAAGCACUCUGCUCCAAGUUGUGCUUUGGGGGGACAAUCAUUUUUGAACAAUUGGUGAGGGAGGCGAUUCGGGGCUGUCGGGAAGACUAUCUAUUGUUUUUGUUUUUAAUGACCUAACCUGAUGUCAUGUGGACAGUGCACGUGCCUUAUGCUGCCAUCUUGUUUUCUAGGAAGAGGGACCCUGGGGAGGAGGCGGUACUUUGUGACAGAUAAAAGGCAUUAAAUAAAGCCACGUUUACAUUUUGAA